AUGACUUUUGCUUCAACUUUGCUUUUCGGCUUGGUUUGGAGUUGGCUAUGGGCUGCGGAAGCGAAGAGCUCCAAGUUGGAACUAGUAGUCCGGUCUCGUAGUGAAGAGCGGUUAUUGAAGAGGGGAAAUGCGACCGUAGAGUAUCUCAAAUAUGCUGCACAGUCAUACAAUGCCUUGGCUACAAUAGGCGAAUACAGCUUUCUUCUUUCGCUCGACACGGGCUCAGCAGAUACAUGGGUUGUCUCUUCGUCCUGCCACACAUCCGAAUGCAGAGGACUUCCAGCGUAUCCAGAUCAUCUUUCUAGCCCAACGUUCGCGCCCGUCAAUAACAACGAGACCGCCUUUAGGAUCAGGUUCGCGGAUGGUACGAGGGCAACUGGGAUCGUUGCCAGCGAAGCUAUGGGUGUAGGAGGGUUUAAUCUCACGUCACAGUUGUUUGGCCUUGUCAAUGAUACCAACAUUAUCACAGAUAGGAAAAUCAGUUUGGGGAGGCAAGUCGAUGUAACUCCACUCUCGGUUCAGGAUGACAUAACUGAACGCCCAAGUAUAGCUGUCCCGCCGGUCGCGCGCCUAGCUCAACAAGGCUUACUUUCCUACCCAAUGUUCGGACUAAGCCUAAGGAAAAAUGACACGGGCACAUUGAGUCUUGGCGCGAUCGAUUCUGACGUGGUCAAGAACCAGUCUCUUAUUUCGUGGCACGACGUAGCUCCAUUUCCAACUCUGCCCAACGAUAAUUCAUCGAUUUAUUUGCAGUGGGCGAUACAUUUGGCGGGCGUGGCGAUAAACAACGCAAGCCUAUCGCUCAACUCGACAUAUCCCAACAUAACAGGAUCUCAGCCCCUGGCGCUGUUUGACUUGGGUGCAAACGCAAUUUACGGGCCGGCUGCAGAUGUUGCCGAGCUAUUCAGCCAUAUCCCGGCAAGUCGGCUUGUUGGAGACGGCCAAUAUGCGAUUCCAUGUGACACUACUGUGGGCAUGCGAUUCACAUUUGGGUCUCGCAAUUACACGCUCCAGCCGCACGACUAUAUUUUUGCUCGCGUGCUUGAUCCACCUAAUAUGUGCCUUGCUUGGCCGCUUGCCACUGCACCUAGUGAAGAUGGGAUCGACUGGCAAUUUGGCACGCCGUUCUUGCGGACGGUUUAUUCUAUUUUUAGCUAUGGGAUCGACACUAAAGAGCCACCCAAGAUUGGGCUGUACUCGGUCUCGCCUGAUGUAGUUGUUGAUACCGAAGAGAGCAUCUCGCAAAGUUUAUCGGUCGAAAGCGCUACUUUUGCGACUACGCUGCCCAAUUAUGUAUUACCAACCCCAACCUAUACCACACCUCCUUACCUGUUCUCUCCUACCCCUUCCCCUACUCUGUCCAGCUCAAACACAACACCCCGCCCUAGCGAAACAUCGACAGCACCAAGUUCAACUUUUGGGUACUCGGUGCCCACGCUUGGCGAACUUGCGUCAUCGGGUUUGGGCGCAAGCACCUACUCGGCGCUCCUCACGCGAACCACACCCCUCCCAAGCGCCCACGCGCCAGUCGUGAUCGUCACAGACUCGAACGGGUCGGCCACUACACGGCCUUUACCCAUGCAAAGUGUUGUCCUGGGCGGGCCGGAGAAGAACUCGGCGAUCCGGAUACGGACUUUUGGAUCGGGAUUCGGACUGUUGCUUUUUGGCUUGUAUAUCGUGUUGCUAUUUUAA